AUGGCCGACAUGGAACGUACCAUCCUCGACUUUUACCAGAUUCCGACGCUAUAUCCCACGGAAUGGCCCGCCGAGAAGGACUUGGAAAAUCUGGAUGAAGAGGGAGAGGAUGAGAAGGGUGCCACUUUGAAGCGAAGGCAGUCUCGGUAUCAGGCGCUUGAAAGAGCUGUGAGCCAACGGAAGAGCAAUAUUCCUCGAGGGGACGACCAAGGAGGUGUCGGGAAUAUCGUGCAAAAAGACGAACCAGAUCCCUUGGGAACGACGGACAGUGUUGUUAGAACACUCAAGCAUCUUGGUCUACCCCUCCAAGAUGACCACCGACUACGUAACCGAUUUCUCCUUUCCUCGACAACCUUUUCGCCUGCGCUCUUUCUCUCUCAGAUGCAUGCCACCGCCGAUACCCGAGGCCUGCUCACCGGUCUCGAUGUCCUCUCACAGUCUAUUGACCAAAAGUCAGCCUCACUCAAGGUUCUAGUCGAAACCAACUUUGAAAGAUUCGUCAAAGCCAAGGCAACUAUAGAUAAUGUCUAUAAGGAGAUGAAAUAUCGAGGUGCUGAACCUCCCGACCCUAACAACCCAGGCCCCUCCAACGCAGCCCAACGCCGCAGCUAUCGAAACAGCAUGGUCGGCGCUGGGCUAGGCAUCAACAAUCCUCUGACAUCCCCCGGUACUGAUACACGUAAAAAGAAUGCCUUGACUAAAGAGAGCGAAUAUGGUGUUCUGGGUAUCAAAGGUCCGCUGCUCGAAGUCUCAGCAAAGGCCGAGGAUGUUUGGGGUCCUGCUUUGGGUGGAAGAGAGAAGGAAGAGAACCUGAAAACGGUUUCAAACCAUCUGACUCGAUUCAAAGACUACGUGGAACUGAGUACCUCGAUAGCAGACAGCAUCAAGCGAAAGGACUAUGAAUCGCUGGUCGACGAGUUCACGAGAGCCAGAAGAAUUGCAGACGAAAGCCGACAACUGGCGGAGGAACUUGGAGAAGAGACUCCGACAGAACCACAACUCUAUCAAUUAUUGAUAGCAGGGCGCAUGUGGCAUGACGUGGACCAGCAAAUUCGCAUGUUUAAACGCGACGUGUGGAAGCGGCUUGUCACUCUUUACACAGUAUCAAGAACAGAUGGACUAAGUGGUCGCAUACAAGAUCAGCAUAUGGAACUCAUCGGCUUGCUGUUGGAAUUGGGCGUCGACGACAACCCAAUCUGGGUUUGGCUCCUGAGUAGAUAUGAUCAUCUCAAGAGCAAAAUCCAGUCGACAGCAGAUCAUAUGAAGGUUGAGAUCGAGGUGCUUCGUCGCAGGCUAGCCAGCAACGAUAAGCCCAAUCCAAGCACGAUCGCCACACAUCUUCGAGCUCUCGGCCGGCCAGUAAUCGAGGACAAACCCAUGACUUUCGACUCGCCUGAGGUGGUAGAACUCUGGGAAAAGAUGUUGUCGUUCCUUACAAGCCUCCUAUCGAGUGAAGGAAUUCUGGGCGAGGUUGUAGAAUUCUGGCAAACGGUGCAAGGAUUUAUCAAUGGUUCUGCCCAGGCUGCCCUUCCUGUAGGUUAUCGUGGCGAGUCUCGACAUCACCAUGAGCUGUCACAGCAGAGCAUCAACGAGUUGAGAAAGGGGGCAGUGGAAUUGGUGGAUCUACUUCGAGAACACACCUAUUCUUUCUUCGUAGACAUGCCCCCUGAAGAUGUCUCGUUACUCUUUUCACCGCUUCCCAAGACGCCGGUCCCGGGGACUCCUGGCUCUGACUCGCUGGCAUCUCCGCGAGAUCCUCGCUUUAACUUUGAUCCCAACAAUAUGCCACCUCCCUCGCCCAAGAGAGGCGAGGUUUGGGAAAAGCUGGCUUUCUGGCCCCCAUGGUCCAAUUCCAUCAGUGGUGUUCAUUACUUAUCAAAAAUGUUGACUCUAGUUGGUGCUGGAGCUGGCGACUUGGCUUGCAUCGAGCCAGUUGAGUCAGGGGAAGGCCAGGUUCUCGAUCGCCUCAGAAGUCUUGUCGGUGGCUCUCGAGAUCGUUGCGUCACAGCAUUGUGCGCCGCUUGGAACCGAGAUGCUGAAAACAUCAAGUUUGUCGAGGAUUGGCAGCGAUCGGUUGAGAUGGGUGAUGUGACACGUAUGCCAGCCACCUUUGCUGCUUUCGAAGGAUCAGUAUUGUCGGGCAUGCAGAAAAUCCUCUAUAUUCCCGAUGCCAUGUCCAGGUCAGGUUCGGGAGAUAUUGUCUUGCCGCCACCGACAAAGCUUCUUCAAAUGGUUCGCAGCCAAUACGUGACCACGCUGUACAAGGCAUUGAGUGGCAUGGUUGAGAAUGCUGAGAGAUCGCUGAAGAAGACCGAAGACGACUGGUCAAUUGACGACGAGAGCUCCCUUGCGUCAGCAGCAGCGCCGUCUAUGGCGGGCAAAGGAGCAUUGGACUCGGGAGAUAGGAACGUUCGUAUGCUUAUGACCUUGAGCAAUCUUUCAUCACUUCAAUCGCAAGUGGUGCCCAGUCUUAACCUGCAGUUUGAAAACGCAUUCUCCGUCAAGUUGACUGACGAGUCCAAGAAGAUUCGUGAAGUCCUUGGUCAAAUUCACGACCGUCUCUUCCAAUCCUACACCAAGCAGUCGAUUGAGAGGCUUCGCGAUGUCAUUCAGUCUGGUAUCUCAGCCCCUGACUGGGCCCCUGGUCAAGGACAACGCACACAAGUCGCCAAGCCAUAUGUCUACGAUGCUCUUCUUACGCUUGUUCUCGUUCACUCACAGGUCUCCACUACUGCGCCAGCCCUCACAGUCGAAGUACUAUCCUUCCUUCUUGAGCAGACAUCUACCCAACUCCUGGAGGCAUUCAGGCGCCGCCCACGGUACACUCUUGAAGCUUUAAUGCAAGCGACGCUCGAUGUCGAGUUUGUUGCCCAAACGCUUAGCCAUUACACCUCUGAACGAGCGUCAGAGCUGCAGAGUCAGAUUUACCAAGAACUCGAUGCACGUACAGACAAUGAUGCUCGGGCUCGUCUGCAGGGCGAACUCACUGAGAUGCGCACUGUCCUCAAACGUCUAAGAGACGCAAGUAAGAACGAAUUUGCUUGCUUCAAGAAACCAAAACGGCCUGGCCACGGUCCUAGCAGAAACAAUAGCGGUAUAUCUGGUAUCUCGGCCUAG